UAUACGAUCUGUUGCUCUCAAACGUAUUUGCGAUCCUGUUCGCGAAAGGAAAGCCUGUGUGUCAUUUAAAGUUAUUAUCCUGAAAGAGAAUAUCAGCACGGAUUCAAAUAUGUAUUCCAAGAGCCGAUUAAACGUCAUUACCACGAUACUGCUCGCAAGUUUGAUUCUUUUGGUUUACCUUCAUGAGGCUGAAGGGCAAUUGAACUUUUCAACAGGUUGGGGAAAAAGAAAUCAAAAUAUACAAACUGGCAUUUCAAAUAAUCCGAGGUGUUUACCACAACAAGGAAGACCGUCAUUGGAACAAUUGCUUAAUUUGUAUAAUUUUAUUCAGAUCGAGGCACAGAAAAUCAUAGAAUGUCAAAAGUUAAACAAAUGAGAAGACGUUCAUCUGACCAACGAGACAUCAUAUACCCUAGGAUCAUUCGAAUAUUAUAAUAAUUAGAAAUAUCUAAGUUAUAUAUAAAUAUAUAUAUGAAAAAAACAAAAAAAAUUAAUUCUCCAAUGUAAAUUGUCGAAGAAACAAUUAUCGAAAGAUAUGAGAUAAAAAAAGAAAAAAAAUA